GAGAGGAAAAAAAAAUCUCACGGGGAGGAUCAGAGAGGUGGAUUGAGCCAGGAGGAAAACGUGAAAUGGCAGAAGAGAAGGAGAACCAGACUGUAAGUGAAAUGCCUCCGGCUGAAGUGGAUUCUAAGCCUGAUAACAAACUAAUCCUCUACCAUUGGACACAAUCUUUCAGUUCUCAAAAGGUACGCUUGGUGAUUGCUGAAAAGGGCCUCAAAUGUGAAGAGCAUGAUGUUAGCCUUCCACUGAGUGAACACAAUGAGCCUUGGUUUAUGCGAUUAAAUGCAUCUGGAGAAGUGCCUGUGCUCAUUCACAGAGAAAACAUAAUUUGUGAUGCAACUCAGAUUAUUGACUACUUGGAAGAGACUUUUGUGAAUGAAAAAACUCCAAAACUAAUGCCAGAAGAAGGAAACAUGUAUUAUCCAAGGGUUCAACACUAUAGGGAGCUCUUGGAUUCCUUGCCUAUGGAUGCCUAUACACAUGGUUGCAUCUUACAUCCUGAAUUAACCGUUGACUCGAUGAUUCCAGCUUAUGCCACAAGUCGAAUUCGAAGCCAAAUAGGUAACACUGAAUCUGAAUUAAAGAAACUUGCUGAAGAAAAUCCAGAUUUACAAGAUGCAUAUAUAGCAAAGCAGAAACGUCUCAAAUCUAAACUGAUGGAUCAUGAUAACAUAAAGUACUUAAAGAAAAUAUUGGAUGAACUGGAAAAAGUUUUGGACCAGGUUGAGACCGAGUUGCAGAGAAGAAAUGAGGAAACACCAGAAAAUGGGCACCAGCCUUGGCUCUGUGGUGAGUUUUUCAGUUUGGCUGAUGUAUCCCUUGCUGUUACGUUGCAUCGACUGAAAUUCAUUGGACUGGCAAGAAGAAACUGGGGGAAUGGAAAACGACCUAAUUUAGAAGCCUACUAUGAGCGUGUCUUGCAGAGAAAAACGUUCCACAAGGUUUUAGGACAUGUCAACAACAUAUUAAUCUCAGCAGUUCUUCCAACUGCAUUUCGAGUGGCAAAGAAGAGGGCACCAAAAGUGUUGGGCACAACUCUUUUGUUUAGCUUCUUAGCAGGAAUAGGAUAUUUUGCUUUUGUUUGUCUCCGGAGGAGAUUUCCCACCAUGCUGUUAUCAUUUAGACCGAGGCAGAACUACUUAUAGAUUUGUGGGGUGGGUGAAGUUGUG